CACAAUAGCUGCUCUGACUUGACUGUCAGCGGUCAAAAAGUGACAAACGUUACCGGAAGUUUGACUAAAAUUGCUCGACCAGGAUCAUGUGUUUACUUUAAAAGACCUCCAUUAAGUGAAAGACAUGAAGAGGAGGUUUAACAUCAACCUGGACGAUUCUGCUUUCACCAAAGAAAGAACACCGCCAAAGCCUCAGUUCCAGUCUUCAUCUAAAGGAGGAGAAAACACCUCAGCUGCAACAACCUCUAAACCGGUUCCUGAGGCAGUGGGCCAGCCUUUGUCCUAUGCAGAAUAUGUCGUUCAGAGUAAAAGCAAUGCAGCUGCUGCUCCACAGAGAGAUGCCCCCUCCAAACUACUCAGUGCUGGAGCUUUCAGUCUGAAGCAAAACGAGCCAGAUGCAGGAUCCUCUGAUGUAGGAGGAGGUGAAACAGCUAAAGGGACAGAGGUUCAGUCUGACGAGGUUAACAAAAGUAAGGAGACACAAGUGGCGGGCACAGAGGGGGACUGUCAAAAGUCAGAUCCGAGCCUCAGUCUGGGUCCUAAACCAGUGGGAUCUGGGAGCAGCAUUGUUGUGAGUCCACGACAGAGGGGUAAUCCCAUUCUGAAGUUUGUGAGAAGUGUUCCGUGGGAGUUUGGAGAUGUUGUGCCAGACUAUGUUUUGGGACAGACAACCUGUGCUCUCUUCCUCAGUCUGAGGUAUCACAACCUCAAUCCAAACUACAUCCACGACCGUCUGAAGCAGCUUGGACAGACGUUCACCCUGCGAGUGCUACUGGUUCAAGUAGAUGUGAAAGAUCCUCAUCAUGCAUUAAAGGACCUGGCUUGCAUCUGCAUCAUGGCUGACUGCACUCUCAUCUUGGCUUGGAGUCCAGAAGAGGCAGGACGUUACCUGGAAACAUAUAAGUCAUAUGAAAAGAAACCAGCGGACCUCCUCAAGGAGCAGGUCGAAAAAGACUAUCUGUCAAAGGUUACAGAUUGCUUGACCACCGUGAAGUCUAUAAAUAAAACUGAUGCCAUUACCUUGUUAUCGACUUUCUCGUCAGUAGAAGGGAUCAUCAGUGCCUCUAAAGAAGACUUGGUUCUCUGUCCAGGCCUCGGACCACAAAAAGCGAGACGACUCUUUGACGUGCUCCACAAGCCCUUUCUCAAGUCAAAGACAAAAGACAGCUGAGACGUCUCACCAAGGAUGUGUGACAUGCUUCUGAAAUUAAUCCUAUAGAGUUGGCCAUCAUGAUGAGCAGGCUGCAAACAAACACUCUGUAUAGGACUGAAUUAAUAUUCCAAACACCUCCUAACCCUUGAUUUACUGAGAUGAUGAAACAAAUGUGUAAAACUUUUUUCUUUUUUUUAUCCUGACAUAGAAUCAGGCUAGGGUAUUUGUAAGAAUGUAGAAUGUCAAUUGUAUUUAUAUUUGGUUAUAUUAUUUGUUCAUAGAGUUCAUUUUUCCUUUUUUAAAUAAAAUAUUUUGUGAUAUUUUUA